UUUCCACCCCUAAAUAUACAUUGUAAAUUAACUUAGGUCUGUUAACUAAACAAGAUGGCAGAUCCAGGAGAACAACGAAAAUUCGUAUUGGGACGCUGUUGUAUUUUCCACUGGCGCGGUAAGGCUUCAAUAAUAAUACCCUUGAUCACACUGCCGAUUCUUAUUCAUGGCUUACAAAACGACAUGGCCGAGUUCAAGUGCAUGUGGCUUAUUGUUACCAUGGCCCUGCUGUGGAUCACCGAAACCCUACCGAUAUAUGUCACGGCAUUGUUUCCCCUUGUCUUUUGCCCGCUCCUUGGUCUUGUGAAUGCCUCUAUAGUCUGCAAGCAGUACUUCACCGACACCAUUGUGGUAUUCCUAGGUGGGCUUAUUGUGGCCUUGGGAAUUGAGUACAGUAAUCUACACAUCAGAAUUGCCCUGAGGGUUAUUCGGAUUGUCGGCGGAAGUCCUAGACGCUUGUUCAUAGGCAUGAUGAGCGUGAGCACGUUUUUGGGAUUGUGGAUAUCCAACUCAGCCGGAACGGCCAUGAUGUGCCCUAUUGUCAAAGCGCUUGUCAAUGAAUUGGAUGCCAACAAAAUAUUUCCCGUUUAUAUGACGCAAGAGGAGGAACCAGUAGAGGAGGGAGACCCACCACAUCCGUCCAAGAUAACAAUAGCCUUUUACGCUGGCAUAGCCUACGCCGCCAGCAUUGGGGGACUGGGAACACUAAUUGGCACAGGAACGAAUCUGGUCUUUAAGGGCAUAUACUCGGAGCGAUUUCCCACUUCUACGGUGGAGAUUACAUUUGCCAACUUCAUGUUCUACUCGAUUCCCUUGAUGGUGUUUGUAAACAUUUCGCUGGUUAUCAUAGGUUUCCUCAUCACGCACAUGGGACUGUUUCGGCCAAAUAGUAAAACCGGUAAAAUCAUUUCGGAGGCCAACACAAACAGGAAACUGAUGGAGGAUGUUUUGCGACAGCGCCAUAUUGAUUUGGGCCCAAUGAGCUGUCAUGAAAUUCAAAUGGCCAUCGUCUUUGCUUUUAUGAUAGUGCUCCUAAUUACCCGCAAGCCGAGUUUCUUUACGGGCUGGAGCGAUUUGAUCGACGCAAAGGUAGUGGGAAGUUCAGCGGGAGUGUCAUUUAUUGUUCUACUAAUUUUUGCCUUGCCCACCCAAUAUACGUUCUUCAAGUACUGUUGCGGUAAAGGUCCGUUUACCGCCCAGGCGAUCGAUGCGUUAUUAUCGUGGGAAUAUGUUCUACGCAACAUUCCCUGGGGCCUAUUAUUUCUGCUGGGUGGUGGCUUUGCCUUGGCCGUGGCCAGCAAGGAAAGUGGUUUGAACGUAAUGAUCUCCAAUGCCAUGCAAGUUCUCGUCGGAUUGCCAAAUAUCUUGGUGCAGUCGAUCACGUUUAUAUCGGCCAAUUUAUUGUCAGCUUUCAACGCUAACGUUGUUGUGGCGAACAUUGUGCUACCAAUUUUAUGUGAAAUGUCUCUCGCUCUGGAUUUACAUCCUUUGAUUUUAACUCUGCCAGCUUGCUUGGGAAUUAGCAUGGUCUACUUUUUACCCGUGAGCACGCCACCAAAUGCAAUUGUUACCCAAUAUGCACAUAUUAAGACCAAAUACUUUGCCUGUUGCGGUAUAUUGCCCACCAUUAUCGGGAUUUCUGUGGCUCUGGUGAACACGAAUACCUGGGGAUUGAUAAUAUUUCCAGAAACGAAAAGCUUUCCAGAUUGGGCAAUGAAAAUCAAGAAUGAAACAAAAAUAUGAUGGAACAUAUACAUAUACCCUGUAACUUGUACAGCUAAAGGGUUUUCAAAUCUUGUUAUAUAUAAUUUAAAAAUUAUGUUUUGGAACGUAGAAAGUAUAUAAAUUCAAAUGAAUUCUUGA